AUGACUACCCCUACAACUACAAUGCAAACUGCUCCAGCACACGUGGAAACCACAAUCAACUAUUUUCCCGAAGUGGGCGGCACAACCUCUUACGUGACAGGAAGUCCCGACUUCUUCAACCGCAAGUUUGCUCCCACGAAAGUGAAGGUUCAAGAUAUCCGCGGCAGGGAGACAGAUUUCUCUCUGGAAAAGCAAGGAUUUCAAUGGGUUGAACAUGCUAGUGAGCAGGGAGACUUCGGUGAUGAUGCACGCAUCCGAAGCUUUUAUUAUACCGAGGCGGAGGACCUCAUUCGGCGUGUCACCAGGGCUACCGCGGUCAAAGGAUUCUCUCACGAGGUGAGGAGCGUUGAUUUAAGCACACUUUUGGAUCAGAACAAGAGUGUCGACGUUAAAACACCCCGGAAUUCACCUCCGGCUAUGUAUGCUCACAUCGACAACGGCCCGGCAUGGGCGAACCAGCUGUUCCGACGUUUCUUCACCUCUGAAGAGGUAGAACGUUUCCGUGGCUGUCGUUGGGCCAUUAUCAAUGCCUGGCGACCCAUCAAGACUAUAUACAGGAAUCCCCUAGGUGUCUGUGACACAUCGACAGUGCCUGACUCUGAUCUCGUGCCGGUGUAUGCCACGCUAACGCCAACUUGGGGGAACACCCUCGAGGAUCUAUCAGCUGAGCAAUCUCAAGUAUACAAUGUCAAAGCGAAUCCGAAUCAUCGCUGGUACUUUGCUUCCAAAAUGCAGCCUGAUGAAGUGCUCCUUAUUACCAUCUUUGACACCAACAAAACGGCUGAGGGUAUUCCGCGCCGUGUUGUUCAUUCGGCAUUUCCCUACGAGAGCGGACAAGGGGCAUCGCCAAGAGAGAGUAUCGAGUUCCGGGCUUUGGUCGUAUGGGAAGAUCAGAAGGCUGCAGAGUCCUAG